UUAGGUGGCUACUUCAACAGCAGAAUGGCGGAACCCCAUAAUAUAUUUUUAAAGAAAACCUUUGUAGCCAUUACAGGUGCCUGCAGAGGACUGGGGAGAUCAAUUGCACUUCAGUUUGGGGCCAAGUUUCCCCCUAACUCCGUCAUGGUACUCAUGGAUAUUUUGCCUUUGGAAAGUGUCAAGUCAGAAGUGUUGUCUGUGGCUCCGAAUAUCGACGUUUUGGUGAGGCAUUUUGACCAGGGAAACUCAGAGGACAAAAAUUAUUUCAAAGGCAUUUUUUCAAGACUUUUACAAGACAACAACUUUUCACAAAAUGACUUUGAGCAAUAUAUGAUCGUUCACGACUGUGCUACUAUGGGUGAUUUAUCAAAGAGGUCGCUGGAACUUUCCGACUCCACGUUUGUGCGGAAGUACUUCGACAUCAACGUGACCGGAAUGAUCUUACUUAACACUAGUUUCUUCCAGACUUUCUCAGAUUCUUCAAAAUCUCGUGUCGUUGUCAAUAUGUCGUCAGCACAUACCUCAGUUCCUUUGGCAUCAUAUCAUCUUUACUGUGCAGGUAAGGCUGCCCGUGACAUGUAUAUGCGUGUACUGGCCGUGGAGGAACCGUCUCUAAGGAUACUGAUUUUCUCACCGGGUUGCUCCGACACCGACAUGGCAAAACAAGUUGAGAAAACGUGUAUGGAUAAGUCUGUUGUUGAAAUGUUACAAAAAUUUAGAGCUGAUGGAACAAUGACGUCUCCAGAUGUUCCAAUAUCUACGCUUGUUCAGAUUCUGGAAGAAAACACAUUUGAAAACGCUGUUUAUGUAGAGAGUGUCAAAUUAUUUUAAUUCUGGGUAUUGUAAAGACAUUGCUUGAAAAAGCCAAUUCGAAAAAAAUGACAAGUUAAAUAUAUAACAUGGACAGUUAGGGAAAAAUCGAACUAAGCAGUAACGCAAACAUAUUCUUUUUCUAUUUCACAAUAUGAACAGAUAAAGACAGACGGUGCCCCCACAAAAGAUAAACAUUUUACAAACUACAGUAUGGCUGUAUCAGAAUCAAAAUCGACCAAAUCUGAAAUAUGUCUGAUAGCUAAUUGUUUCGCCUUUCCCUGUAAUCCUUAAAUUAUACACCAUUGAACAUUGGGUUUUGUUCAUGCUUAACAUAAGAGGUGUACUGCUUAGUUUUCUAAUUGAUGAUGAGUGUUUAUUAUAAACCGUGCAUCUACCCAAGAGCUAAGCAAUGCCAUCAAGUUUAACGCAUGUAAAAUGUCCCAUAGCAUUAUUCAUAUCGAUCAAAGUCAUUUCUAAGUUAAAGUCUCUCUUAGCAUGACUUCCGUAACAGGCUUGAAAAUACCUAAAUCGUCACACACACCAGUAUGGAUGGCCGUUUCGGACCCAAUACGGUACAUCUACACAACAUGAAAUGGAAAUUGAUUUCAUCUUGAAGACGUUGUAUUGCAUAUGAGGUACCCCAUUAGAUAGUAAAUGUUCAAUGCGUAUUUGUGAAGAUAUUUCGUUCACAAUUUUCUUCUUCAUACUGCAAUACACAAACCAAUUGGCAAAAUGUCUAACUAUUUAUUUUGGUACGGUGAUGCGUAAACUAUUCUCAAAAAUGUAAUGUCCUGUAAACGAACAUUCAUUUGACUUUGAAUUUGAAUUAUUGUAAUUAUAAUAGUGUGGUGAGACAUAAGUUAACGCACAAAAUACAGCAAUAUCGACGAGCAAGUAGUAGACUUAUAAUGGACAGGUACAUCAAAGUACACAAUUUAUCAGACGACAGGCAGACUGUUUACCCACCCAUUGACCUUGACAGAUGCACUCCUCUAUACGUAGAUAAGAAAUUCAGUUUAAACAAGGCACAUAUAACACCGAUUAGAGAUAAACCUACCCAUGUGACAUAUUUUUAUAUUACAUAGCUCAACAAAAUGUCUCAAACAAAGGCAGUACCGAUGUUAUUACACUAAUGUUAAUCAUUUCUUAUUUCUGUAUGUAAUGAAAUAUCUUGAUUAACAUGACUGCUAUUAUCGUGCUACCAUACCCCCUAUGGUCAUUGCUCAAUUUAGCGUACCUUAUAAUCAUAUCAACACGGUAGAUACUAAUGACAUCCUGAUUAUAUUGACAAGACGAUUUUAUUUUGACCCAACACCCCAACAAUUCGGGAAAAUGUCGGUAUUUGGUGUUGGCAUUCAGUUUCAUCAAUGUAUACAUUUGCUAUGUUAUAACGAACGAAUCAGGAAAUCACGUUGCUCAGAUUGAAGACUGCGUUUUCUGUGGGAACCUGCGUUUUCUCUACAAAAAAACACUAAUACCUCUUAACAUUCGUUUAGGAGAAUUCAACAUUUCAACUACCCAAUGAUAGUAAUGAAAUAAACCAUUAACAAAUUACUUCAAAUUACCUUUAUAUUGACAAUUCGGUACUAUAUGUCUUAAUUCGACUACAAGGAAAACACAAACGUGUAACUGUUUCUAGAGUCUAGAAUCUAUAGAUAGUAAAAUAAAUUAAGUAAAUAGUUUAAUUAUCACAUCAUCAGAUGAUUAAUAUAGAGUUAAAGAGAAAAAAGUUUAACCUGUUAAUGAUAAAUAUAGUACAUGUUUAUAUUUAGUAUUGUACAUUAGAUUAACUCUAUAUGAGACAGUCCUUACCUGAUAAAACUGCUGUGUUGUCUUAUUUACGAAUCAUUUUUUAAUAGUAUCAAAUAAAUGUACAGUUUU